AUGGGAAACCAAAAUGCAAAUGGGUUUGAUCAUUCAAAACAAAAUGGCUUGUACAUUCGUACGGAUAAGCCAUUUUAUUUUGCAGGUGAAGAAGUACAAGGCAAUAUUUACUUGAAUGUGGGAGGCGGAGCAUUUCCAAGUUCGACCAUUUAUUUGAAAGUGAAAGGAGCUGAAAAAGCAAAAUGGUCAGAAACCAGAACUGUAUAUGAGGAUAUCCCAGGAACUAAUCCUCCAUAAAGAUAAUCAAAAUAGGUUACAGAGCAUUAUGAUAAUGACAAUGAAUUUUACAAACAUAAAAUUCCAGUCUACAUAUUUUAACAAGGAAUGAUACCUUAAGGAUAAUACACAUUUCCUUUUAAUUUCAAAUUGAAAGAUAGCUUACCAGGUUCUUUUGAAUAUUCAGAGAAAGACUUAGAAUGCAAAAUAAAAUACAGUGUUAAGGCUGAAAUAGAUUCACCAAAUAAGACCUUAGACAAGAUUAAAUAUAAAUAAGAAUUUCUAGUCAGAGAGCCUAUAAAGGAGUAAGUCAACUAAAACGAGGGAUCAUAGGUUUUGCAACCGACAGCAUGUUGUUGCAUUCCAUUGGGAACAAUUUCGUUUAAAUUUCAGUUUGAUAAAUCAGCAUAUCAACCGGGGGAAGUUGCCAAGUUGCAAGUAGAAAUUGAUAAUACUCAAUCAAAAGUUGGCAUACCAAUUAUUAAAGGCAGUGUGACAAGCAAAUUAAGAGUUAUUAGCAAAUAAGGCCACGCUAGAGUGCUUUAUAGAGUUUGUGCCAGUUCUUCAAUUCAAGGAAUUGAAUCUGGUUAAUCUGCAUUAAAUGAACAUAAAAAGGAUAUGAACUUGCCAUUAGUUGAUGCUGGAAGACACAAACCCUUGGAUCCUACAACUAAUGGAAAGAUUGUGCAGAACAAUUACUAACUCUCUGCCACUGGAGAAAUGGACGGAAUAUGCUUAUGUUGUUCUUAGGAUCCAGGCAUAGAAUUGCCAAUAAGAAUAGUUGCUAAGCCAAUUGCAAGUUACGAAUAACCAGUAGUGGCUCCUUCUGGAUGGAAUCCGCAGGUUAUGAAUCCUUUAUCUGUGCAAUUUGAUGACUCUUAUAAAUAUCAACCUGCCACUGGUGGAGUUUUGGUUCCAGCCUAGAAUCAGAAUCCGCAAGGAUAUCAGAAUCCCAAUUAACCGUAUUACGGAUGA